AUGGGAAUCCUAAACCUCAAGAUUUGGGCACUAUCCAGCUUCCUAAUUUCCGCCACAACUGCCCUCCCAUUCGGCGCCUCCUCGUCCACAUGUAACCAAACCACCCUCUCAGACGCUGCCGACAUGUAUAUCGCCGCCCAAACAGCCGGAAACCCGGACUCACUCCAACCUAUUCUCUCCAGUGGCUUUAGCUACCAAGAAAACAAUAAAGUCCUCGACAUUAAGAAAAGUGUGCUCACUAAACCCCUGAAAAUUGAGCACCGCCGCACAAUCUUUGACCUCGUCCUCUGCGCUACUUACACCGAGGUCAUAGCUCCCGCGGCCGCGAAUCCAUAUGUUAUCGGCACGCAGAUACGACAUGCGGAUGACGGGAAAGUUGUGUCAAUCGACAGCAUCGCCACAACAACGAAUUCCUGGCUUUUCAAUGCCACCAAAACCCUUGAAUACGUCAAAGCAGAAAAGUGGGACCCACUCCCCGAAUCCCAGCGCUCUCCGCGCGCAGUCCUACAAGCCGCCGGCGACGCCUAUCUCGAUAUGUGGAGCAACGCGACGGCCGACAAGGCUAUCCCCUGGGGCACACCCUGCACAAGACUGGAAGGGUCUGCGUAUACGGGCAAGGGAAAAAGUGAUGAUAGUUGUAAACCGGGUAUUCCAAGCAACCAUAGUCAAGCGCCGAACACACAUCGACGGUAUGUUGUGGACGAGAGUAUGGGCAGUGUGAGCAUAUUUUGUGUGUGGGAGCAUAUGAUGAUGGCGGCGGACAGUCAUGAGUUUAGACUAGAGGGAGGGAAACUGAGGUAUGUACAUACAAUGACAGAGUGUGGGGGUAAGGUAUGUAAGCUCUAG